AUUGCUCAAGUAUGGACUGUCCGUUGUGUGGAACUCCAUUGAAACAACAUCUUAUCCAACCAAAUGUCUCGUUGAUCUCGUGUCCAUCAACAGAAUGUGUGUUCCCCUUCAACUUAUCAAUGGAAGAAAUACAACAUCAAAAUCUACUUAUUACCGAUAUAAAUAACAACGAUAUAAUGAACAUGAUGCAAUCCAAAAUGAUCGACGUAGCCAAUGUCGAUCAAAAAAUCGCCCUGUUUAUCAGUAAACUGGAUCACGAUCUCGAUUAGUCUGGUACUAUUCUGAAACCAUAUACUUCUCUAUUCUUUUGAUACUUUCUUUACAUACUUAAUACACUUGUAAAUGCGGG